GAGUCUCCAGCUGAUCUUCACUACAAUUGAUAACAAUCAAAUCAUUCUCUGCCUAAUUUCCAAUCUUCUGCUAGGGUUUUCAGUUUCAGUUUUUUGAUUCCCCGGAAGAGAUGCGGCCCAAUUGCUGUCAUGUAUCCAUUGCAUUUCUGCUCAAGUUCUUCAAUUUCCUCCUUGCCUUCAUCGGCAUCUCCAUCAUUCUCUAUUCCGCCUGGAUGCUCGAUCAAUGGAACCAUCACCUUCCCGCCUCCCCGCCGCCGUUCCCUGCUCCCUCCUCCUCCUCCUCCUCGGCUUCUUCUAUCGUCUAUUCCCGAUCUCAUUCAGUUAGUACUCUUAAUCUCGCCACCGAUGUGGCCUCUCAGAUGGACGCCGGCCUCGGGUUUUACUUGAAUUCCGUCGACCUCCCUGCCCCUUGGUUCAUCUACUCUUUUAUGGGAGUCGGCGCCAUUUUAUGUUGCAUCACUUUCAUCGGUUGCAUUGCAGCUGAAGCCAUCAACGGUUGUUGCCUGUGCUUUUAUACUGUCCUCAAAGUUGUACUCAUUCUGGUGGAAGCAGCUUUGAUUGCUUUCAUUGCAAUUGAUCGUCAUUGGGAAAAGGAUAUUCCAUUUGAUCCAACUGGAGAAGUUCAAAGCAUGCGAGCUUUUAUUGAGGACAACAUUGAGAUAUGUAAAUGGGUUGGCAUAGCAGUGCUUGUAAUUCAGGCUGUGUCUCUACUGCUUGCCAUGGUUCUGCGUGGGUUUGGUUUCCACUCCAAAGAGCGAUAUUGAUGGUGAGGAUGAUUACGAGAGUGGUAGAAGUAGAAGGUGGGAACCACUCUUGGGUCAACCAGGUCAAACAUCUGGAUCAGGGAACGGAUCAGACAUUUGGAGCUCGAGAAUGAGGGAAAAGUAUGGACUGAACAGCAACGACAAACCUGGUUUAAAUACGUCAAUGAGCAUGAAAUCCAAGUGAGGAAAGCUGGCGCUUUCCUGCAGGCCAAAGGAAGUGACUGUUGCUAUGAUUUGUGAGUUUGUCGAGUCUCUCUGCGAGUAAGGUAUAUGUUUGCCUUUGUGUGGCGGAGUAAGUUGUGUGUGUAUAUAAACGGAUGGAAGAUUUUAGGAUCUUGUCUGACUAGUUUUGCUGUCUGCUGAUUGGGUGUUUGUUUCUGCUGUAAAUUGCAGAAGUUGAUCGUUUCUUUGUUUGUCUACGAAUGUAUCUGUGGGUAAGGCAGUCGAUAAUUCGAGUGGCGACAUUCUCUACAUAUAUUACUCUGAUGUGUGUGGGUGUGAGUCUGUAUCAAUAAUUUGCAUUCGUUUUGUUUUCCUUCAGUUCUUUGUGAUUUGCUAGUUAUUUGUCUUUGCAGUCUUGAGUUAAUUGUCCCGAAGCUGCA